AUGCCUGGUUCUGGGCCCGGCUUGGCGCCGGAGGGCGACGAGGCCGCUGACGGUCUGCCCCCAGCGCCGGCGGGCGCGCCGAAAGCGAAGGAAGCGGCCCGCAAGAAGACACAGAAGGCCGAGACGAGCCUCAGCACUACUGUGCAAGCCCAAGGAAGGCUCCUGGCCGCCCAGGCUGAGCAGCUGUCAGAGCAGGCUGAGAAGUUGGCUCUGCAGGAUCAGCGUAUCCACCACUUGGAGCAGCGCUUGGCUGGCCUCUGGGAAGAAGGACUGCCGGGUAGGAGCGCGGAGGUUGUCGCAGAUGUCGUGGAGGACAACCAGGUGAGCGACGUCAUUGAAGUAAAGCUCGUCACGUCCCACGCCGAAGACGAGGGGCAGCUACAGGAGCUCACGGCGGUGUACGAGUUUGAGCAGUCCAUGUGGGACGCCACGCUCCUCCUGUUCUUCAGUAAGGCUACGAAUGCCAUGGACCAAGCUGUCUUGCUCUUCGGCUUCAUCCUGAACCUGGUCUUGCAGCUGGCCCUGCUGAUCACCGUCUCCUACAUCAUGCUCGAGAAUCCUUACACGCAGCAAACUGUUCAAGAGAUGCUGGCGUGGCGGGUCCGCUCGGGGCACGCUGAACCCAACUUUGAUGACUCCUCGGGCAAGAGCCUGCUGACGCGGCUCUGCAACCAGGAGCUGUGGUCAUACGAGCAGGCCGAGUUCAAGCUGAUGUAUGACUACCUCUACAAGGAUGUGCCUGGCUACAUCCUGAGCUCUCUGGCCAUCAUCAUGUGGAUCCUCACCGUGAUGGUGGAGUUCCGCCGCUGCGUGGAGCAAGCCUUGGCUGUGAUCCACCUCCCUGCCAUCGUGCCCCCAGAGGUGGCUGCGGUGCACGAUGCCGCUGGCAAGAUAGCCAUACAGGGCAUUCAGCCCACGAAGCGCUGCAUGGCUCUUGCCAUGCUCAGCGUUCCGAGAUUUGCGGUGAUGCUUUGGCUGGCGCUGUUCGGCUGCCAGUACCUGGCACAGACGGUAAACCUCCAGGACAUCGUUCUGAAUGCUGUGGCCUUGGCGUUCAUUAUGGAUGUGGACGAGCUGAUCGCCCAUGUGCUGCUGACCGAGCGCUUGCGGUCCAUGCUUCCACGCAUUCGGCCGCUGCCCUGCGUGGCAACGAUCCGGAGAGGAGGGCCCUCGACUCCCAUGUGCUGCCCUCCAAAAGACUUAGUGCGCUACGUGCUCACAGCAGGUUGCGUGGUUGCGAAGAGGUUCAUAGGUUGCAGGCUUUAG